AUUAUUGAAAUAAUAAUUGAAUUGUUGUUUGGGUCUAGUUUUCCACAAGUCUUCACUCUACUGCUCAUGCUUUCAUAUAUUUUUUGAUUAAUAAAGCCAAGUGAUCACAGAAAAAAGAGUGAAAAGAAACAUAAAAUUCUAUUGAACCUCUACACUCAGAGAAAGAGAAAUGGAUUAUGCUGCUAUGUCUUCACUUAUGCAUACACUGGAGCAACUCUUGCAGUCUAAAUCACCUUUGAUUUAUAGAAGCUGUAUACAACAACAACUUGUUGAAUCUGCUUUUCAAAGUCUUUCUGCUCUUCAAGUUUUUCUUGAGGAUACUUCAAAGGAAAUCAAAGAUAUUGAAACUUUGAAGAUUAUAGAAAAAAGGAUCAGAGAUAUAGUCUACAAAGCAGAAGAGAGAGUUGAUUCAACCCUUAGAAUAAUCAUUCUAGAAGAUCAAAAGAAACGAGAACAAGCUUGUAAAUCCUUCAAUGAGGAAUUGCAAAAAGUGGAAAAAGAAGUUGAUUCUCUAAGGAAAGAAUUGAUGGAGAUUGAGUUUAUCGAGCAUGGAAGCAAAUCUGCAGAAGCAAGUACUUCUACCUCAUCGAAAAGGUAUGCGACCGAGCAACAUACUGUUGUCGGGAUGAAGGAUGACUUCAACACCAUACUAGAUCGUCUCACUGCCCAAACAGAUGAGCUAACUGUCAUACCUGUUGUUGGUAUGGGCGGUAUAGGUAAGACAACUCUUGCUAGAAAAGUUUAUGAUGAUUCAACAAUCCGUUAUAGAUUUGAUAAACAUGCAUGGGUAACUAUCUCUGAAGUUUAUAACGAGAGACAAAUGCUUCUUGAACUUGUCUCUUCAAUUAGCCAGGAUAGGACUGAUGAAAGUAAUCAGAAAAUGAGCAAUGAUCAACUAGCGGAGAUUGUGUAUAGAGGUGUGAUUGGUAGGAGAUUUUUAAUUGUCAUAGAUGAUCUUUGGAGUACUGAGGCUUGGGAUCAAAUACAAAGAAUAUUCCCAAAUGACAACAAUAGAAGUCGAAUCCUAUUAACUACUCGCCUCAGUUAUGUGGCUGAUUACGCAAGCUCUGAUUUUCCUCAUCAUAAUAUGUCUUUUCUAAGUUUUGAUGAGAGUUGGAUUCUAUUUACAGAAAUACUUCUUAGAGAAGACAUAUGUCCUCCUCACCUAGAUGAAAUUGGGAAGCAUAUCAUACAGCAAUGCCGAGGAUUACCUCUCUCAAUUGUUGUCGUUGCUGGACUUCUUGGAAAGAUAGAUCCGACCCGUGACAAUUGGAAGAAAGUUCAGGAAAAUUUGAACUCAUUCUUUGGUACGGUAUCUGAACAGUGUCAAUCAAUUCUUUCGUUGAGCUACAGUUACUUGCCCCAACAUUUGAAGGCUUGUUUUCUCUAUGUUGGAUGUUUUCCUGAAGAUAUGGAGAUUGGUGUUUCAAAGUUGAUUAAACUAUGGAUUGCUGAGCUAUUUGUAAGGCCAAGAAGCAAUAAAAGGUUAGAUAUGGUGGCAGAGGAGUAUCUAGAAGAGCUAAUUGAUAGAAGUCUCAUUUUGGCUGGUAGACGACGGGCUAAUGGAAGGAUGAAAACUUGCAAAAUUCAUGAUCUUCUUCGGCAGCUCUGCAUAAGAGAAGCUCAAACUGAGAAUUUUGUGCAUGUCCUAAGUGAUAUUGACCACAUUUCCUCAGAAAGCAUAAAACAUCAACGGCGAGCUAUGCUUUCACUUGGCAAUCAUUGGAAUCAUUUCUAUGUUCCAAGGCAUUGGAGGUUUAUUACGAGGACAACCGACAACUUGGUUUCUACAGGCUAUUCUUUUCAAGUUUAUCUAAUGCCUCAAUUCGCUUCACAAUUCAAGCUGCUUAAAGUGUUGGAGGUAUCUUCAGUCGAUUAUAGUUUCUCUUGGGAGCUGGAGACAUUGGCCAUAAAAGCAGAACGAAAUAUUGACCGCAUCAUUCUCCCUAGGAAUAUUUCCUUGCCCAAUCUCAAACAAUUGAGAUUAAGACAGACUUAUUUCCCAUGGGAAGAUAUGGUUGCGCUGGCUAAUUUACCCAAUCUUGAGGUGCUCAAAACAUGUUAUGCAUUCUGGGGAACAGAUUGGAGACUUAAUGAAGAUGUUGUGUUUCACAAAUUAAAAUAUCUACUAAUUGAGUCCGCAUAUAAUCUGGAAAGGUGGGAAGCAGCUAGUGAUAAUUUUCCGAUGCUCGAGCAACUACUUUUGUUUGGGCUCCAAAACCUGGAACAAAUUCCCUUUAGUAUUGGAGAAAUAAUGACGCUAAGAUUCAUCAAAAUACAAUGGUGCAGUGCUGCAGCCGUCACUAGUGCAAUGAAAAUUCAAGAAGAGCAAAAAAGCUGUGGAAAUGAUGGCCUAGAAGUUCGAAUUAUCUUCAACAGUGGUAGAACAGGAAUGAAGUACUAACAGAAUUUCUAGGGAGUUGAUGAAGCGGAGCCUUGGAGCAACGGUUAUAAACAACAUGCUAAUGAAGAAGAUUCAAGCCUCUGCACCUCACCUGAGGUUGUCAUUAUCAUUCAAAAGGUAUGUUAAUUUCUCUUAAAAUGUACUAAAUUCUGGAAAAAAAAAAAAA